AUGCUCUCAGUACCCUGCAAGAUAUGCCUCGGCUUCGACGAGAGCCUGCUCCAACCGCCCUCGAGAACACGCUGCACCCUUGAUGAACUAUGCAACUCCGCGCCGACAUGUUCUACCUGCGCCAUCAUUCUUAGGGCAGUUAAGCAUUGUUUUCCAGAGAUUCUCUUGGCGACAUUUUAUUUCGCCCUCUCCUUCUCUCGAUAUAACGGCCGUCAUCUACAGAACCCUAGCGAGACAUUUAGCGUGACCGUCUCUGUUGAGGAGGAUGUCGUCGAGGAGGAUCUGCCGAAGGAGUUGGUGGGACAAAUGUUUCGGGAUCGUGAGCUUCAUAUAUACACUGCCAAAGGAAAGCCUUGUUCCUGGUCAGUGUUUGAAGAAGGACCGGUGAUUCCUUCUAAGCCCCAGGAGCUUGCGAACCAAGCCAGGAAGUGGAUUAACGACUGCGACAAGAUUCACACGGGCUGUAGAAGGUCUAAAGAGAACAUGCUGCCGAGAAGAGUUGUCCAGAUUACCCAAGACCCAGGGGCAGCAUCAUGCAGAGCUCGCCUUUACGAGACGUCACCUGGCGAAAGGGGAUCUUAUGCCUGCCUCAGCCAUUGCUGGGGUAAACACCAGAUAAUCAGAACGACCAAGGACAACUUUAACCACCACGGGAAAGAAAUUCCCUGGGAUGAGCUAUCGACUACCUUUGAGGACGCUAUCGAAUUUUCACACUACCUUGGUCUUGAAUUCAUCUGGAUCGACUCUUUGUGUAUUAUCCAAGAUGAUACACCAGAUUGGGAGAGAGAAGCCGUCAAGAUGGCAGAAUACUACGCUAACGCUGACGUUACGUUGGCAGCCACUGCACCACCGGACGGCACGGUAGGGUUCUAUCCUCAUCGACUCACACGAGAUGAACCUCUUGAUAUACAAGGCGUGGACAAGCAAGAACGACCGUACCACCUCGUUGUGAAGACUCACAUGAGGCAUCCCUACGAAUCCAAUCGCGAUGAAACCUUUAACGGGGGCACCUACGAGUUUCCACUUAUGACCCGAGGAUGGGUACACCAAGAACAUGUCCUCUCCCAGAGAUUCCUUCACUUCGGUCCGAGGGAGCUCGUGUGGGAGUGUCAGUCGCUAACGACGUGCCAAUGUGGAGGAACACCCGCAAGACCAACUGUUCGCGAGAGGACGACUCAACUCCUUAGUGUUUCGAAACCUAGCCUAGAUCUAGGAGAUCCAAUUGUCGUGCUCAAAUUAUGGUAUCAGAAUCUUAGGAGCAUCACGUCCCUGGAUCUUACAUAUAUCCAAGACAGACUCGCAGUCAUGGCUGGCAUUGCAUCGCAGCUCAGCAAGGGGAGAAAAGGGCGCUAUCUGGCUGGUCUGUGGGAGGACUCCCUCGUCUCUGAUCUAUGCUGGCAGACCUUUGGCGACGAGAGGGAGAGGCCAGAGGCGUUAAAGAGCGUGCCGACGUGGUCGUGGGGUUCUGUUUCGGGACCCAUCGCCGGCCCGUGGGAUCGUGUCCACAGGACGACUUUUACAGUCAAGGUUGUUGACAUUGACUGCAAACUCAAUGGACCUACAUUUCUCGGUCGCCUGGAUCACGGAAUACUAACCUUGGAGGGCUACGUAGCUCGGGUAAAGAUAUUUCCUCGCGGAGGACGUGGGCAAGGGUUUCCGAGAAUCCAGUUCACAAACGGAGAGUGUCGUUCCUCCAGUCCAUACAAGUUCCAGUUCCAACCCGACGUGGAAGACUGGACGAUGAAGACUCCAGAUUCUCAAGUGCUGGCUGUGGAGAUGGGAAAGACUAUCGAGGACGGGCAAACCCAGGAGGCGAAUUACUUGAUCCUGCAGCCCGCCGAAAGAGGCGGCGGUUUAUUUGAACGGGUUGGAAAGGUUUGGGCGGCAGCAGUAGGAAUCGGCUCGAAGGGGACGAGGGAGGAGCUAGGCCAUGAGAUGUCAUUCCCUGGCUAUUUCGCAGACGAAGCUGUUGUUGAAAAGGUCCGAAUAUGUUGA